AACAAGUUCAGUUUACAAUUUUCAACGUGUGGUUUCUCUAUUAGAACCAAAAGAAUAAUAUAUAUCCAAACGUGCACAACGUGUCAAUUUUUUUGUUACAAAAUGUGAAGAACAAAAAAAAGUGUGAAAAGCUGGUUAUGAGUUAUGGAUCUGCGCCUAUAAAUAUACAAACAUUUCUCCAUCCACUCCAUAGCCAAACCAUACUCUCCAAAGUCCAAGCUCACAAUGAACACUUCCCCAAAAAUGGAAAUGGAAAUGAAAAUGGAAACGAAGGCGGCUCCUGAAGCUGGUAUGAUCAAAAAGUCCAACGAGGAGUGGCGUACGGUUCUAUCUCCUGAACAGUUUAAGAUUCUUAGAGAGAAAUCUAUUGAAAAGAGAGGGUCAGGAGAAUAUGUGAAGUUGUUCGAGGAAGGAAUCUACUGUUGUGUUGGUUGUGGAAAUCCGGUUUAUAAAUCAACCACUAAAUUCGAUUCCGGUUGCGGUUGGCCGGCUUUUUUUGAUGCUAUUCCUGGCGCCAUUAACCGAACCGAGGAGAGAGCUGGAUUAAGAUAUGAGAUAACUUGCACAAAAUGUGAUGGACAUCUAGGUCAUGUCUUAAAAAAUGAAGGUUUUCCAACACCAACUGACGAACGCCAUUGCGUCAACAGCGUUGCUCUCAAGUUCUCUUCCGCUAUCACAUCUCAGUGAUAAACGGAUCCGGUUUAGUUCUCCGGAAUCAACUCUAUCUAUCUAUGAACGUUGAUUACUAAGAGACCUUUCUACUUCUGUUAGAAUGAGAACGUUGUGUUCUUCAAUUCAUCGCAUUUAUGAACUAUUAUAAAAUUGAAUGUUUUGUGUUUUCAUUAUUUUUAGUAAUGCUUAUGUACGUAUCAUUGAAAUUGUUUGUGUCAUAUAUUGUGCCAUUUUUCUAUUGAGUGUUAAUGUAUUAUCGUAUUUACCAAAAUUAUAUAUAGUUAUUGUCUAAGUCUGCGAAUCAUUUGCCAUUUGGAUACACAUGCAUGUCUAAACAAACGUACACAUGGGGAUGUGACCGAAC